AUGUCAACCAACAGUGAUGUUUCUCUCACUUCAUAUACUGAAGAUCAGGGCUCCAAACGUAUUCAAAAAGCUAAAGAGGCACCAUUUGUCCCCAUUGGAAUGGCAGGUUUUGCAGCAAUUGUUGCAUAUGGACUAUACAAAUCAAAGAGCCGAGGAAAUACUAAAAUGUCUGUUCACCUGAUACACGUGUGUGUGGCAGCCCUAGGCUUUGUUGUGGGAGCAAUGACUCUUGGUAUAGGCUAUUCCAUGUAUCAAGAAUUCUGGGCAAAACCUAAACCUUAG